GCUUAUCAUUAGAUAAUUCGAAGAUAAAGUAGAUAAUGUGCCACUAACGUCUUUAAUUUUUGGCCAGUAUCGACACUGAAUCAAAACAGAAUUUGCAAAAAGUACGUAGUCAAGAAGUAUGGCGACCAACCGGCCCUCAGACGCCAUCCAUAUAUACAUGACGGAGGUGGCGUGUAGACUGGUGGCGAAGACCGGUAUACCCAGCGACAGAUACCACCUGGGAAAGCUCAUCCUUCAGGGUCUGAAGGAGGACCCGGAGUUUUUGUUGCAGAUAGACGGUGGCACCGGGGAGACGGAGACAUGUGGUUCCGUCCUCGCCAGGUCGGUGCGGCUCGCCCGCGUGCUGCAGCGGCGAGGCUUCGGUAUCGGUGACGUCAUCGUCAUCAUGGCGCCCAACAACAUCCACGUCUGCGUACCCAUGUACGCCGCCUUCUACCUCGGGGUUGCUGUAGCCUGCGUGGACCUUGGAUUGGGUGUCAAUGAAAUGCGAGACCUGUUCACACUACUGACGCCUAAGGCUGUGUUUUGUCUCCCUGACAAGGGGGGAGAAAUUCAGAAGGCACUAGCAGCAGCGAACGUCGACUCAAAAAUUGUUACGUUCGGAAAUACUGAAAAGUUUAUCAGUUUCGAGGAAAUGCUCAAUGAAAAUGGAAAGAAGGAGCCAGUAGACGAGUUUAAGGCAGUAGAUUUUGAUCCUGACGAGACCCUGGCGAUGCUGAUAUCCACCAGCGGUUCCACGGGAUCGGCCAAGUCGAUAUCAGCCUCCCACAAGAAUCUUGUAAUAGGAUUACCAUACUUCUGGAACCUAUUCCAGCAGUUCCCGACCCCCACUCGUCUGACGCUCGCCCUGUCUCCUCUGCAGUGGUACUCCGCCAUCUUCCAGUUCGUGCUGUCCCCCGUGCUGCGCCACACGCGCCUCCACACCUCCUCGCAGACAACACCGGAGCAUAUCUUCCACCUCGUCAAUAAGUAUCGGCCAACGUUCACGAUGAUAGCGCCCAGCAUCGUGGCGCUGCUGCUGAGCAACGCGGACAAGUGUGACGUCACGUGCUUCGACGUCAUCUUCUCCUCCGGCAGCGCCGCCUACAUGAAGUCCUUCGAUGAUAUCAAAACCAUAUCGCCGAAGACGCAGCUAGUGAACUUGUACGGUCAGAGCGAGGUGGGCGCGGCGUUCUUCUUCGACCCCGCUGUAACGACGUCCUUCGGUAAAGUCGCUAGCCAUUUGGACUAUAGACUCGUAGACGUAGACACGUUGCAAGACGUGACUGAACCCAACACUCCCGGCGAGCUGUGGCUGAGGGGACCUUCAGUGUGCAAGGGGUAUUACAAGAGGCCGGUGGAGACGGCGGAAACUCUCGUGGAUGGAUGGCUGCGGACGGGCGACAUCAUGUACCGCGACCACCACGACUACUUCUACUAUGUCGACCGACACAAGAUGAUGCUCAAGUAUAGAAACUACCAGAUUUCCCCGUUGGAGCUGGAGGGCGUGAUCCAGCGUCACCCGGGCGUGCACGAGGUGGGCGUGUCGGGCGUGCCGGACGCGCUUUGCGGCGACCUGCCCGUCGCCUUCGUCGUCCCCCGACCUGGAGUUGCCGUUAGCGCUGACGAGAUCCAGGACCUGGUGAAAGAGCACCUCUCCGACUCGAAGCAGCUGCGAGGUGGCGUGAGGUUCGUGCAGCAGCUGCCGCUCACCGCCACCGCCAAGAUCGAUAGACAGAAGCUUAAGUCCAUGGCCAAGGAGCUGGCAACGCGCAACCUCUGAUAUGUCAUGUAGAAACUAGAGCAAUAGGGCAAAUGAAUAUACGCAAACGUCGGAGCAGAGUGUGCCA